GAAGGUAUAAGCAGAAACCUUAUAAACCUCUGCUUUCAACCUUAGCCAGACCCUUUGUGCUGUGGGCAGCAAUGCAUGCUCACAACUGUCAAAGCGCUGACAACAGGUGACUGCUGAGGCACAAGCCCUAAGUAGGACGGCUGUCAGCAGCCAAGAAGGCCAGCUAAUGUUCCAGCCGGCAAUACUAGCUGAACAUCCUGAGACAGUGUGACUACAUCAGUCUCUAGGAGAAUCCAUCUCUGAUUUGCAGUUGACACCCAGGGCAUAGCAGCUGCACCAAGGAUUCCGGAGAAGUUGAAUGACAUGAAACUUCACGGAGUUAAGUGACAGUCUACGUGCCUGGCCUCGAGGGAUGGCCAGCCAGAGGCCCAGCCGACCUACCUGCAUCAGGGCAGCAUUCAGUGCAGCUGGCUUUCGGAAGUGGCAGAGACACGCGCGCCAUCGCCUUCAGGUCAACUCCAGAAGGAACCUCAUGGACUUUGCUGAAGGCAUCUGGAGAGAGUUUUUAGAUCCUUAUGACGGUGACUCGGAAGACACCCCAGGCCAUUCCAACUACCGCAGCUACCGCCAGCGUGCCUACCGCCUCCUGGGUGACAGGAACCGCAACUCACCUUCCUACACACUGAGGUUCAGGACUACAGAGGAGGCCAGCGUGGAAGACUCGCUCCCAAAGGCUCCAGACCUCACCAUGAAAGCUUCUGGCUGGGCCCCUAUAACCCUGGAAGCUGACGACGUUGACAUGCAGCCUGAGGGUGAACUAAAGACACUGAGCCCCCCAGAGACCAAUGGACGUCCUGGCAGGCUGUCCCCGGCACCAGAGGACUGGAGGAUGACAAGGGCUGCUAGCCCCCUCAUUCCUGUGGAGACCCCAGAGAUAGGCAGACACCUGCUGAGCAGAGCCAGAGCCAACCGGACACCACCCAGACUUGGGAGUGACAGAGAUAAGGGGCCCAGGCUGUCGCUUUCCAAGAGAAAACUGGAGCUCCUACUUGGAGAGCCUGAGAGAGUUAAGAGAAAGAAGAAGUAAGGAAGCUGAGUGCAAGUCUGCUGCUGCUGCUGCUGCUGCUGCUGCUGCUGCUGCUGCUGCUGCUGAGGUCUGGGUCUCCUCUCCAAGACAUGUUCUCCCAUGGUGGCAGGACAUGGUUUCCAAGUGCAAAUAAAAAUGGCACCAGGAGGAGGUGCCCGUUCUUGGCA